GUCGGCUGGGUGGGGAGCAGGGGGGCUCUGAGCUAUAAAGACAGUCAUUCAGACUUGAGCACAGAGAAGCUGAAAGCGCACAGACUUGCUGAACUACAUUUGACACAUUUCAACCAGAAGGAUGCUUUGCGUUUAUACCUUCCUCUUGCUGACUUUGAGUGGAGCAGCACUGGGCUCCCUGCAGGACAAACAGACCGACUUUGGCCUGAAGGUCUUCUUAAUGCUGGCCCGUGAUUCUGUGGACCAGAACGUGGCUUUGUCCCCAUAUGGCGUGUCCUCUGUCCUGGCCAUGGCUCAGCUCGGUGCUGCUGGGAACACCCGAAAGGCCUUGACCGCUGCCAUGGGCUUUUCCCUGCAAGAGCGAGGGAUGUCUCGGCAGCAGCGCCUCCUGCAACGGGACCUCUCCAGUGAGGUUGCUGUGGAUACAGCCAGCGGGGUCAUGGUGGAGAGGAAGAUGAGCCUGGAGAAGGGGUACCGCAGAGCCCUGUUCAAGGCCUUCCAGUCCCACCCCAACCAGGUGGACUUCAACAAGCCAGACCAGGCCGUCAGCAUCAUCAACUCAUGGGUCUCAGACCACACUGCAGGUGCCAUCCCUGAGUUCCUAGCACCUGGAUCUCUGACUGAUGAGACCCGCCUGGUCCUCCUCAAUGCCCUCCACUUCCAGGGCCUCUGGAAGGUCCCCUUUGAUUCCAAACUCACCCAGGAGAGGAUGUUCCACUGCGCCAACGGCAGCAACGUGCCCGUGCACAUGAUGACACUCACCAACCGCUACAACUAUGGCGAGUUUGUGACUGCUGACGGGAUAGACUAUGAUGUCAUCGAGGUCCCGUACGAGGGCGACAGACUGAGCAUGCUCCUAGUGUCGCCCUUUGAACCCGAGGUUUCACUGAGCACACUCAGUGCUGAUUUGAGUAGUAAAACGAUUAAGCAGUGGAGACGGGAGCUGAGGAGUGUCAAGCGGCAGCUGGCCAUGCCCAGGUUCACUCUGAAUUCUGAGGUGAAUUUGAAGGCUGCUCUGCUUAAGAUGGGUCUGGGAGACAUGUUCAACCUGGCUACUGCUGACUUCACACGCAUGACGGACGAGAGGCUGUGUGUGUCGAAGGUUCUUCAAAAAGUGAAGAUCGAGGUGGAUGAGCUAGGAACCAAGGGAGCAGCAGCAACGGCUGCCGUCAUGUUUUCUCGUAUGGCAGUUGAGGAGAUUACUCUGGACCGGCCCUUCCUCUUCCUCAUCCAGCACAAACAAACAGGUACUGUUCUGUUCAUGGGUCAGUUCAACCAGCCUCAACAACAGUAACCCACUGUGAAGACUCCAUUCCAGUGUGUCUGACUACUGCUGCUCAUGCUCCACACACAUGUUGACAAUAAUAGACCCGCUGUGCAGUGUAACCACUUCUUUUGACACGGCUGACAGCUUUUAUUUUUCUUAAACGAGCUUAACCCAAGAAGACAAAAGGACCCACCGAUUUAACCCAAGCGACCAUGGAAAUACGAAUUGGUCUGAGUUUGUAAAUUAUUUCUCUGAAUGUUUGUGGUUGAAUAGAUGGAGAGAAAUAUGAAGGAAAGUUGAAUAAUUAAGUAUUUUACUGUCUGACAACAGACACCAAUGCACUGCAUAAGUACACCCAAAAAGAUGUAUCUAUUUUUUUCUAUUAUAUUUCUAGUGUCUAUUUUUUUAUUGCCUAUUUGUUAGAGUUGCAUUUGUAUUUUGCCGAAAUUUAUAUUUAUUAAAAUAUUAUAUUUCACAAA